AUGACAGCUGCCAAAGCAUCCACGACAGCUACCGACGGUGUUACCCGUCGUCAGACGAACGGCGUCAGCAAGCAAUCAGCAACAACAUUCCAGCGCUUCGACGCCCAUGAUCCUGCCACUACGUCUUCUGCUGUAGUGGACGCAAUCAACCAUGCCGGAGGCGCCAUUGUCACCAACCUCGUGUCCGCCGACAUCGCGUCCCAAAUCAAGGCCGAUCUGGCUCCCUCUUUCGCCACCUCCCACACCGAUGCCUCCCAAUUCUUCCCCUCCACCACCCAACGUGCCACCGCACUCUUCAAUCACCCCUCCUACAUCAGACUCGCCACCAACCCGCUGUGGAUCUCCAUCGCUAACGCACUCGUCUCCUCCACAUACACCUACUUCCGCGAGAACGGUCGCACGGAGACCGUGACCGAGAAACCCAUUGUGAGCUCCACUGUCGGCUUCCGCGUCUUGCCAGGCGGGAAGCAGCAGGUCUUGCACCGCGACGACAACGACUACCACCCACACCCUUCAAUCCUACCCGUGAUGAUCGGCUGUGUAGCCGCACUCACCAAAACUACAGCAGCAAACGGCGCGACAGUCGCAAUCCCAGGCUCCCAUCUCUGGCCCUCAGACCGUUUUCCGCGCAACGAAGAAGCAAUCCCCGCAGAGCUGAACCCAGGCGACGCGUUCAUCUUCCUAGGCAACCUCUACCACGGCGGCGGCGCGAAUGUGACCAAGGACGAGUACCGCGAGACGGUGGGCGUGUUCAUGUGCAAACCUACCUUGCGACCAGCGGAGAACCAAUUCUUGAGUGUGCCUUUGGAGACGGUCAAGGGGAUGAGUGCGCAGGCGCAGAGGUUGUUGGGGUAUGGGGUUGCGAGGCCCGGGGUGGGAUUUGUGAGGUAUAAGGAUCCGAUGAGGGAGGUGCUGGGGGUUGACGAUGGGGAGGUUGUUGAAUUGUGA